AUGGACAACAUCCAUCACCCUCUCUACAACGUGAUGGUGAAUCACAGGAGCAGAUUCAGUCUUUCUGAGGAGCAGCUCUGUUUCCCAGAGUCUAACGCCUCGUGUGUUCGGACACAGUUCAGUGUGGGGAUCAAAUUUGCCCUCUAUAUGUUGUUUACUCUUGGCACACUGAUUACCAUUCUAGGAAACUCUAUUGUCAUUGUGUCAAUAGGACAUUUCAAACAGUUGCAUAAUCCUACCAAUAUGCUUAUUUUAUCUCUGGCUUUGGUUGACCUGCUUGUUGGAGUUGUUGUGAUGCCUUUCAGUGCCAUCAGAACUGUUCAUGGCUGCUGGUUCUUUGGGAAAGUGUUCUGCCAGCUGCACUCCAGCUUUGAUAUGUUUUUAACCACUCUUUCUAUCUUUCAUCUAAUCUGCAUUGCUGUAGAUAGACAACAAGCAAUAUGCAACCCUCUGCAUUACUCCAUGAGAUUCACCAUGUCAGUGGCCUGGAUAAUGGUGUUUUGCAGCUGGGCUCUUGCUGCUGUCUACUCUUUUAGCCUGCUGUACUCCAAGGCCAACAUUGCUGGCUUAGAGGAGUAUUUGGAAUCAAUAUACUGCCUUGGCAGCUGCAACCUCCUCUUUAACAACCUUUGGGGAAUCCUGGACAGUAUUUUAUCUUUUUUCUUUUCAUGCACUGUAAUGGUUUGCCUGUACACUAAGAUCUUUAUUGUAGCUAAAGAGCAUGUUCGAAAGAUUGGAGAUACAAAGACUUGUUCUAAGGUCAGAGGAAGAGUUGGGUUGAUUAAACAGUCUGAGCAUAAAGCUGCAAAGACCCUGAGUAUUGUGCUCGGUGCAUUCAUCUUCUGUUGGAUGCCUCUUUUUACAGAUUCAGUGAUUUUUUCUUUCACAGGCUACGGCUCACCAGCUGCAGUCUUUGAAGCUUAUUUUUGGUUGGGUUACUUCAAUUCAACCUUGAACCCAAUUAUUUAUGCCUUGUUUUAUCCCUGCUUCAAAAAGUGUUUCCAUUGUAUUAUCACUUUUAAGGUAUUUAGCACAAAUUCUGCAACUAUGGAUUUAUCUUUUAAAUGA